AAACCACUCUCAUCGAGUCCCAUCUUAUUCUCUUACUUUUAAGCAGUAGGUUCGUGAAAGCGUUUUGUCAUGGGUUCAAACAAUGACUCAUUUCCAACCUGGGAUGUUACCUACACGGAGAGGUUCAAGUUUAAGGGAAAGGGAACACUUGGGGUUUUGGUUUUGCUUCUGGUUUUAACGGUUGGGUUGAUAUUUGCAAUUGUUUGGAUAUGGAAUAGAGGCCGUUCAGACUUCAUUGUCGACCCUGAAGGUCAAGCUCAAGUUGAAGCUGAAGCUGAAGCAGAAGCUGAAGUUGUAGUUGAAGGUGAAGCUGAAGCAGAAGCAGAAGUUAUAGUUGAAGAUGAAGCUGAAGCUGAAGCUGAAGUUGAGCUUGGUGGAUGAUAUAUCCGAUGUACAUGCCUCUACUUCAUGAGCUCACCUGGAUUAUGUUGGGUAUAAUGUUUUAGUAUCGAAUAAAUGAGUCUUGUGGAAAUGUGUCGCUUUUUAUUAUAAUAAUUAUAAUUUGUUUAAAUUUAUGUUUGAAAUUUGGGAUUGUUUAUGUACUUUAUCAUUGUACUCGAUAAUUAAAUAAUAUAAAUAAAUUGAAAUUUUAGAGUC